AUGAUGUCCUCAAGCGACGACGUUCGAGGUGAAGGGUCUCUGUUCUCUGAUCAAAAUCCAUCCGAAUUGGAUGCUCUGUGUCCUUCCCCCCCAGGACCGUCAAGAACACAACGUCACUAUGAGAGGAUCGGGACACGGACGGGAACAUCUUUUUGUCAGACUCUGAUCCACCUGCUGAAGGGCAACAUUGGAACCGGGCUGCUGGGUCUGCCGUUGGCAGUGAAGAACGCAGGCCUUGUGCUGGGUCCAAUUAGCCUGCUGUGCAUGGGGGUCAUCGCCGUACACUGUAUGAGGGUGUUGGUUGACUGUUCCCACCAUCUUAGUGCAAAGGUAAACAGGCAGUCUCUGACCUAUGGCGAGGCGGUCCAGUACGGCAUGGAGAACAUUUCAUGGCUCAGAAGACACUCACAAUGGGGAAAACGGACAGUCAAUUUGUUUCUGAUCAUCACCCAGCUUGGCUUCUGCUGCGUCUACUUUGUCUUCCUCAGCGACAAUGUGAAACAGGUGGUAGAAGCGGCCAAUGCCACAACUUUCAACUGCCACAUGAACUUCAGCAACCAGACGCAAGUGCUGGUGCCCAGCUUUGACUCGCGACUCUACAUGCUCUGCUUCCUGCCCGCCUUCAUUCUCCUCGUCUUCACACCCAACCUCAAGUACCUGGCGCCGCUCUCGCUCAUCGCCAACCUGGUCAUGGCUGCCAGCCUUGUCCUCAUCUACUUUUACUCCAUCAUGCACAUCAAAUACCCCAUUGACCUUCCUGUCGUGGGCAGAGCGAAAGACUACCCGCUUUUCUUUGGGACAGCCAUAUUUGCAUUUGAAGGGAUCGGAGUGGUCCUCCCGCUGGAGAAUAAGAUGCACAGACCUCAGACUUUUCCACUGGUCCUCUACCUAGGAAUGGGCAUUGUCACCUUCCUCUACAUUAGCUUGGGCACCAUUGGGUACAUGUGUUUUGGCGCUGACAUCGGAGGCAGCAUCACUCUCAACCUGCCCAACUGCUGGACCUACCAGGCUGUCAAGCUACUCUACUGUUUCGGCAUUUUCAUCACGUUUGCCCUGCAAUUCUACGUCCCGGCCGAGAUCCUCAUCCCGUCGGUUGUGGCUCGCGUGUCCGAGCGUUGGGAGACUGCUGUCGAUCUACUGCUUCGUGCUGUCCUGGUCAUCUUCACAUGUGCCCUGGCUAUCCUGAUCCCGGAGCUGGACCUGGUCAUCUCGCUGGUGGGCUCGGUGAGCAGCAGCUUCCUGGCGCUCAUCUUCCCGCCCAUCCUGCAGGUGCUGACCUUCCACGGCGAGGGUUUGUCGCCAGCGUCGCUCGCCAAGAACAUGGUCAUCAGCCUUGUGGGCCUAGUAGGCUUCUUGGCAGGCACCUACGUGGCCAUCGAGCAGAUCAUCACGCGCAACUCGCUAAAACGCGAGCUCUAA